CCUCCCUGCUCUGUCCAGAAGAUCCCUCGCCGGUUGAUCAGUUUGUUUGGUUAAUAUCUAAUAUAAGUUUUCUCCGUUGAUUAGUUUGUCGGAAAGAAAUCACACGACAAUGAGCUCAGCCACUGGCGCAGUGUUGUCAAAAUGUACCAUCUGCAAAAAGAUUCCGGAAGAGGUCGCUCUUCAGUGUGAACUCAACCACGCGAUCUGCCGACGAUGUGUGAGGAAGUCCGUAGAAGGAAAAGCCGAAACGUUGAAGAAGUCUGAAUGCACCAUAUGUCAACAGAUCACCUUGAAACCAGAACUGACAGAGUUUACGUUCGUUGAGCCGUUCAAACGGUUUGCUGACAUCUUGCAGUUCGUGACGCCAGAUCGCGGGGCGUUUUGUCAGGUCAAAGAUGGACAUGAGCAAGAAAAACCGGCCGAAUAUCACUGUUCCGAUUGUGAUAUCCACCUGUGUGAAUCUUGCAUUGAUGCCCAUAUUCCUACGACUCGAGACGCUGCUAAACAUCGUCUGUUUUCAAUCAAGGAAGCAGAUUCCAAGAUUGCGGUCAUGAGAUGUUCGGGUUGUCCAGACGAUGCCACACAUUACUGUCUAAAUCAAGAUUGCAAGAAGUCGCUAUGUGGACCUUGUUUUCGUCUUGGCCAUGAAGAUCACAAGGUUAUGCCGCUUAAUGUCGCCGUGAGGUUCCUUGAGGAGAGCAUUGAGAAGCACCGAGCAGAGAUGCGACGCCGGGGAGACUCUCUCAGACUGAGGGUUGGAGGUAUUAAGUCCUUGAAGUCGGACUUCGGUCAAGAGGCAGAUCGCAUUAUCGCGAGGGUCCGCGAUGCGGCGAAUAGGAUGCGUAGCAUCAUUGAUAGAGACGAAGAUGAACUUUGUCAAAAAAUCACGGACAUAAAAGACACUAGUGCGGCCAUGUUUGAAGCUGUCCUACAGGACAUUGACAUAAACGUCGAUCGAUUCGAGCUUCUUGAGCAAAUCCAUUGCAAAUUGACCGAAAGCGAGCCCAGUCCCUUGAGAACGGUCAGUGCAUUUGGGUUCAUCACGGAGAAUGAUCUCACCGGCGGCGCCAAUAAGACAGAUUCUGUUCUGUCUCAGCUCCACGCUCACCAGCCCUACAACUGGCUUUACAAGCCAAACCCAGGGAACCAGGCGAUGUUGGAGGAACUAUCGAACAGGAAGACGAACAUCUUCGGCGAAGUUUGCAAACGGCGGACGCUUGAAGAAGUCGCCUCUUUGGACAUCACAUCUGAGACUCAGGCGCAGGUUACGGGGAUGGCUACCAACGAUGAUGAACAGAUUGCUAUAUCGGAUCGUUACACUGGAGUCAUUUCUCUUUAUGGCAUCGGCGGACACAUAAAUCACAUCCACGGCGUUCGUGUCCCCUCUGUUGUCCCCAACGUCCAGACAGAAAUACAAGACGUCGCAUUUCGCCCUAACGGUAAUCUACUUGUCACCAACUUCCCUGUUGGCGUGGUACUGGAGGUCACUCUCACCGGAAAGAUAGUCAAGCAGUUUUGUCUCAACAUGCCAAAGUCGACAUGGAACCCUCUCGGUAUCUGUAUCAAUAAACGGAACGAAGUCGCGAUCACCUUCAUCGGUACGUGCGGCGUCACGUCCAAGAAGGCGUUCUCAAUCCACACCAUGGACUGGGAUACGUUCAAGGUUACCAAAAGUAGAAGUCUUGAUUUCAGCCCGCGUUACAUCUGCCCCCUAGACGACGGGGGUUACGCUGUCAGCGAUUCUAUCUCACACUCGGUCUAUUUUCUGUCCGCGAAACUGAAGCGACGAUUCGUCUACCCGGGGCGCGCCGGACUGAAGUGCCCCUCUGGCUUAUGCUGCCUUCCCAACGGGAAUGUUCUGAUCACAGAGAAGGAGAACUGCGCGGUUCACGAGGUUUCUCCCAGCGGAAACUACAGGAAGGUCGUCCUAACUGAAAGAGAUGGGUUGAGGUUACCCAAGGCUGUCACGUGCACCAAAAAUGGUGACGUCAUCGUAGCGGACGAGCGUGGGGAUUUGAUAAAGGCAUACCGAUACCAUUCCAUGGGAAGGUUGAAGAUAUCAUAAGGAAAUAAUUUUUGAGAUUUCCAUUAAUAGGACAGGGUUGUAUGUAAUUCGGCGAUAGAUACAUUUCUUGUACAAACGUGUCGAUGUACAUGUACUGUGAGUCAUAGGAGUCAGAGUCCCCGGUGACUUAGUUUAACAAAAUGAUGUGAUACUGGUACAAUUCUGUAUUUAUUCAAGAAUUUUUAAAAACUACUGAAUGUAAUUCGAGAGCAUGUAUGUUAACAUCCAUAGAUAAAUCUUAUUGUUCACUUGGUUGGACUGUCAACCAUUCCGCCAUUGUAUUCUGGACUGAUUCAAGGGAUUUGGGACGUUUUAUUCUCGCCCGAUACAAGAGCCAUCUGGUGGCAGAAAAUUGAAUUCGUCUUUCUAUAACCCCUGUUGGUGCUCACAUGGAUGCAUGCGCUUUGUGGCGCCGAUUACUUUUUGGUAUAGUACAACCCCGCUGUAACGAACCUCGCUAUAACGAAUUCCCCCUAUGACGAACACUACCCUAUAGACCCAAAUAUUGUUUCUCGAGAAUCGGCACUUUGGUAAAUCAAAGCUGAAUGAUCAACCAAGUCGGUAUCCGUAAAACAUAAACGAACAUUUUGCUUGGAUCCCAAGGAGUUCGUUACAGCGAGGUUGCACAGUAUAAAUAUCGUAAUAAUCGUACCUGGGAACUUCGUCCCGAUUCUGACGAACUUGUCGACUAAAUACGUGUUGUGAAUUAUUAAAGAGACAAGUACAUGUAGGGCCGGUCUGAAAUAUAUUGUUGAU